GAAGAUAAUUAUCAUUUCAUUACGUAUGUGCCCGUAGAUGGUCACGUUUACGAACUGGAUGGUCUUCGUGAAGCACCAAUUGAUCUGGGCGCAGUCAAUGGAGAAGCUGACUGGUUGGAUGUUGUUCGGCCGGUAAUCAGUGCCAGAAUACAGAAGUAA